AUGGCGGGCGACCAAGGCGAACUCACGGGCGAGGGAUCCGGGGGCCCAGUGGCGGCCGCGGGCCCGAGCAUGAAGCCCCUUGAAGAAGCGCGUGCGAAGGCUGGCAAGGGCAAAGUCAAGGGCAAGGGCCGCCCGCGUACUAACUGGCAGUUGUACCAAAGGCCCACGAUUCUGGCAGCGGCUCUUGCAGAGUGGCGGAAAACCUCGCGAAAGGACCACGCAGGACACGAAGCAAUCCGUAAAGAGACGGUGAAAAAGAUCGAGCUGGAUACAUGGCCAGAGCCACACUCCCUAGAGAAGGCGGUGUACAACUAUUUCAAAAACCACGGCUAUCCUAGUGCGAAGACCCCGGAGUUGAGCACGACAAUCCCAGACCGACUGACCUUGAAAUCCAAGCAGUUGUUCAAGAGGUCUCGGGCGAAAGGAGCCUCGGAACUCUGGGCCAGCGAGAACAAGGACGUCAUCAAGGCCAAGACCGAGAAGGGUGGAUCGGGAGCUGGUGGAUUUCAGGCUCAGAAGCGCACGGAACUCUUCAAAGCACUGCCUGCGGACGUGCAGCAGGGAUACCACAACCAGGUGGAGCACAAGACAGAGCCUUCUGCGGAAGAAGAAGAAGCUGCGAUGGAACAGUUAGAACCGCAAAGCACCAGUGGCAGAGGCCUGACACGCGUAGGCGACGUCAUGUACUACGUCCAAAUCGCGCUGAGGCAUGGCAGCAAACUGGCACUCGCACACUUGUAUGUUGGCGACACUCUCGUCACCAAGGAGGGCGAGCAGGGGUUCAUCGACUACGCCGAUCUGCAGAAGGAGCAUGAACAGUGGGCCGAUUUUGCGCACAAGGUCCUUCCGCGUCAUCUCGUCGGCGAAGGGGACGGGAUUACUUACCGAGAAGGCCAGCCCUUGCUCCCGCCUGCCGACGAGGAUUGGUCCGUCGCGAAGACGAAGGAAGUCCUCAACCUGUACUUCCAAGCCUGCUGGGAUUAUGCUCACCGAGACGUUGACGACGCAUCGUCAUUGGUGUCCCCGGAGGCGAUCAACGCAGAGCUGGGGGCGCGAAACUGGCCAACUCCUGAGACGAAAGCUGGCCUGUUCACGCUGUGGGAGAACAUCCGGAGUGCAGAGGGCGAGGAUAACGCCUUCUGCUUCGAGUACGUUGAGCCACGAAGCAGCCGUGCGGCGACACCUGACAUGAACGGGCUCAACAACCUAUUCGGAUCGGACAGUGAUGACGAGGAUGAUAGUGACGAGGAGGAUGGUGACAAGGAGGAUGGUGACGAGGAGGAUGGUGACGAGGAGGAUGGUGACGAGGAGGUUACGAGUGUGAUCAGUGGUGAGGGUGACGGUACUGACGCGACAGGCGAAGGCGAGAGCGGUGUUGAGAACACUGGCGAGGUGGGGGGUGAACACCAGGACGACGACCCCGACCACGACGACCGCGAUGACGGCCACGACCACGACCACGACAGCCACGACGGACGGUCGUCUUCGCUACGCCCUAGCGAGAGUGCUAGUCGUAUCGAGGGCGAGCUCGACGAGGAGCCGGAUGCCCAGAUCGCCGUGAAUUCGGGCGCUCGUCAGACUAAGGUGUUGAGUGACAAAUCUGCGAAGGAGACCGAGAAAUCACGUCAACAACCAGCCGUGAAGAUUGCCAAGGUGCGAACCACCAGACGCAAGCGGGUGGAUAGCGAGGCGGAGCCUGAAGACGGUAGCGAAGACGAACACCAGGCGAAGAAACACAAGGCAGGGAAAUCGGACAAGCAAGGCGGAGGGGUGGUCAAGAAGAAGGGUAGUGGUGCAUCCAAGGGAAAGAAGUCGGAUGAAGUGGUGCCCUCUAGUCGCAUGACAACUCGGUCGACUACCAACACUGUGAAAGCAAGAAUGCGCACUCGGGGUGGCCGCUAA